UGUACUGCCGACCCUUAACAUUUCGCGUUUCCUCUCUCUCUUUCUCUCCGAUUCGGAGCCACGAUUUUAUUUAUGCGGGGAGUCACAAGGCUUUCGUGGUCAGGUUGCGGGUUACGAACGACGACGAUGAUGAUGACAAGCGACCUUCGGAAAUUAUUGUGGCGUUGACGAGAGAAGCGAGGGUAGAAGAAAAUGAAGCAGUCGCGCGCGGCGUGUUUUUUCGUACCUUUGUAUUUAUCAGGGUGAAGGUUCAACAUUUGUGUGUGUGUGUGUGUUUGCAUUUUGACAAAGAGCCGAGGCUACUUGACAGGUGGUUAUUGUACUUGUCACACCUGUUCGUAUCAAUCCCCUCGCGCGUCCGCCGUGUUUCUUUAACCUCGCGCGAUUUUAAUCGCCGUUAUUCCUCGCUUUAAUUAUGUUCGCCACCUUGAAGAACAAGAUACGCGAGGAAAUCGGCAGUGACGUGUCCUCCGUUAUCAGGAAUGCCGGGAGUAUACGCGCCAUAAAUUCCAAACAUGUGUCUCAGACAGGUUCUACAAGUAGUGUUAGUGGUUCUCAGGUAUCAUUAGAUGGAUUGCGAGAUGAAAAUACAUCUCCAUUACCAUCAGUUUCAUCAAAGGGGGAGAAUAAUGUUGAACUAAAGCCUAAUGAUGGAAUACAGUUAACUAUAAAAGACAUAAAAAAGUUUGAAAAUAGAGAGGAUGAAUGGAGAAAGCGUUUAAUGAAAAAAGAGGCGGAAAUACUGAAACGUAUGGAAAAGCAAGAGGAAGAAUGGAAAGUCAGGCUUCUUGAAAAGGAGAAAGAAUGGAAAAAAAUUAUAGAAAAGCAGGAGAAAGACAAACGGAAAUUAGAAGAAGAGAUAAAAAAGAUAGAAACAGCAAAACAGUCUUUAGAACAUGCUCUUAAAGAUGCAGAAGAAUAUAAAAAGAAAUUGUACAGCUUUCAAGAAGAUGCAGAACAACUGGAAGGUUUUCAAACACAGGAGAUGGCAAAAGUUAAACAUCUUUUGUUGGCAAAAGAGCAGGAAGUGGAGGAAAAGACGUGUCAUUUGAAAACUGCUACAGCGGAAAUAGAAAGUCUAAAGACAGAAGUUUCCCGUCUCAGACGAUAUGAAGAUGAAUUAAAUGACAUACAGGAUGAAAUGGAGACGAUGCGUCAUUCCACCCAGCGAGAGAGAGCGCAGCUUUCAUCCCAGUUAGCGCAGACAGAAGAACAGGUGCGCCAUCUGAAGGACAAGGUGUUCGUUCUGGAGCAGAGAAUCGCCCUGGAGACAAACGAUCAGGUGACGGUAGACGAGAGGAUAGCCGAUCUGAUGCGUGAGAGGACGUUGCUGGAGAGGAAGCUGGAGGAGGCGCAUCUUCAUCUGUCCGAUAUAAAGACCAGCUGGUCCGGGAAGAUCUCCAGUCUCGAGACACAAGUCGGUAGACUCAGCAGACAGGCGGGCGAGGAGGGAUUGGAACGUAGGCAGGUCGAGCAGGAGAAGGAGAGGCUGAAACAGAGAAUCAAGGAGCUAGAGGCCGAGAUAGAGGUGAACAAUAUUGUUAUAGCGACGAAAGACGCUAAGCUUUUGCGCAUGACUGAGGACAUCGACGAGAUGGCUACGGAACUAAAAGAGCUCCGGGCCAGCGUCGAUGACGAGGUGGAAGAAUUUAAACGGCAAAUUGAAUCUUCGUCGAAGGAGAUCACCCAGCUGAAAUCGGAUCUCGAGAACACGACGAGCAAACUCAGUACAGUUACUGACGAGUUAGCGAGUCUUCGAUCGACCUUGGAGAGGGAAGAGUCGAGUAAUUCUUCUUUACGUCUAGAACUGGCGUAUCUGCAGGAGGUUCUCGAGUCCGAGCGAGCCACCUUGGCAGGACUGCGAAGCUCCUUUGAGAGGGAGAAGGACGAGAAGGACGCCGCUCUGUUGAGGAACGCCCAGGUGUCUCAGGACAUGGAAAUCGUGAAGCAGAAGAGUCGGCAGCAGGAGCUCGAGAACACGGAGCUGCUGGGCAGAGUGGAGAACCUGGAGGAUCAUUUGGCCGGGAAGAGGAAGGAAGUGGAGCAGGCGGCGGUUACCUUGAAACAGUGCGAGCUGAAGGUCGCGAAAUUGGAAGAGGCGGAGCGUAACAGGGAGAAGAUAGAGAGGAACGAGAGAAUACUCAAGAGCAACCUGUUGGAUCUGGAGGAACAAUUGAGCGAGAAAAAUAAGACAAUCAAAGUUUUGCAGCAACGGUUAACCGAUAUGAAGAAGACACUUCAACGCGAGCUGAAAAUUCCGUCCUCGUCGUUGGAUAGUGAUGCCGAAGCCGCCUCCGCCGCUAUUCUUAAUCCGAGUUCAUCCAAAACCGUCACUGCCAAGCAUAAUAAUUCGAGGGAGGACGAUGUCAACUUUAAAUACCUCAAACAUGUUCUUAUCAAAUUUCUCACUAGCAGAGAAUACGAGGCUCUGCACUUAACGAGAGCAGUGGCGACGUUGUUGCACUUCUCGCCAGAGGAGGAACGUCUACUUCAGGAGACCUUAGAAUGGAAAAUGUCGUGGUUCGGUACCAGGCCUAACUUAGGAUUUGGACAAACUGCCAAAGCGAUACCACCCAGCUGAUAAUUGCAAAAUGUUUCGUAUUUAACGAAACGUGCUAGAGCGAACGUAAAUUAUUCCUGUUCGAAUAAGUGAUCUUAAUAUGUAAAUCACACUUCAAUUUGAAAUAAUUUACAUAUUGAAGCAGCAGCCGCGCAAGAACUAAUUUAAAGGGUAUAAAAAAAAAAUAGAAGAGUUAUAAAGUGUCAUAAAUAGUGAUUUUACAAAGUUUAAUAUGCGCGUUAAACAUUUGUGCAAGUAUAAUAAUAAGCAUACUGCGAUGAAUGGCUAUAUGUAUGGAACUUUAUUACGAUAAAAGAUGGCUUUGCGAAAUUUGAUAAGAUUUUAUGAAUACAUCAUUAUUUAUCGAUUUAUUUCAUGACCCAGAUAGCAAAAGUAGUCAUUUUGAUGGCACAAUGAUGUAUUUUCACGUCAAAAAUAAUGUCAUAAUAAUUACUAUGGCUAUGGGGAAGUUAUUAUCAUACGCAACACUGAAGUGCAAUUUUGAUAUCUUGUGCACGUAUAAAUUAUGCAAUACAAAUACAAUUCUGAUAUGAGAUUGAUUAAUUGGCAAUGGAAUAUAUGUUUCGUUGAAAUGAAAUUUUGUAUGUACACCAUAUUGAUCAUAACGACAGUAUAAGAAAAACAUUUCCCACUUUCAUACGUCUUUUAAACUAUCAGCAAACACAGAUCGACAAAGGAUAUCUUAAAUUCAAAGACUCUACUCUAGAACAGAGUUGAAAUUUAGUUGUAAUUUUAGGCAUAAUUUCAUAAUUUACUGCCUCUCUCUUGCUUAUUGUUUGCUAAUAACAAGUUAAUAUAACGAUAAUAUUCGAUACUGAAAAAAUCAGCCGUAAACUAUUAAUCAAAAUAGCGUAUGAUUAUAUCAUUUUUGUAAGAUAUAAUUUCAUAAUAUUCACUAGUAAUAAUAAAAAGAACUAUAAAAGA